CCAAAGCUCGGCUGGCAAUUGGGAGAAGCUGCGAUAACAGCUGGAAUGGCAGGGCAGCUGUGCUACGCGGGCAAGGUCGUCUGCGUGACGGGCGGCAGCAGAGGCAUUGGGGAAGCGAUCGUGAGAGUGUUCGUUCACGAAGGAGCCAACGUAGUCUUCUGUGCACCCGAAUAUGAACGGGAAAGGGGGGAAGCUCUUCAGAGGGAACUGGAGGCAUCUGGGUGCCCUGGAGAAGCUCGUUUUGUGGUCUGCGAUGUUCUCAGUGAAACAGAUAUUAAGAAUCUGGUUUCCGUGACCAUAAACUUAUAUGGAUGCCUUGAUUGCCUUGUAAACAAUGCUGCAGUUUUUCCCCCCUUCCAAAAAACAGACGAUGUGACUGCAGCAAGCUUCCGUUAUGUUUUGGACGUCAAUGCUGUUGGCUAUUUCUUGGCAGCAAAGUAUGCGCUGCCUCAUCUCCGGAAGACGAAAGGGAACAUCAUCAACAUCUCCAGCCUUAUCGGUCGUAUUGGAUAUAGGGAUGCUCUCGCAUACAUCACAUCCAAGGGUGGUAUAACUGCCAUGACAAAAGCGAUGGCCCUUGAUGAGAGCAAAAAUGAAGUUCGAGUCAACAGUAUCUCACCUGGUAAUAUCUGGACUCCUCUGUGGCAGAGGUUGGCAAGCGAGACAGCUGAUCCUGAGGCACUGAUCCAAGAAGGCAUGAAUGAAUCGCUUCUGGGACGGCUAGGGACUGCAAAAGAGAUUGCACUGGCUGCCUUGUUCCUGGCUUCUGAUGCCACCUAUUGCACCGGGGCUGACCUUGUGGCCAGUGGGGGAGCUGAGCUUGGCAUGGCACCGAAGAGCCACCAAGAUGCCGCUGAAGGUGUUAAAGGCUAGUGGGAAUAAGCCCAGAUCAUAAUACGUCUGUCCUUGCAAGGACAAGGGAGAAAACAGUAAUUCCUGUCUUUGCAGGGUGCUGUUCCAAUGGCUGGCUUCUUAACAUUCAUCC